AUGGCUUCUAUACAAGAACAAAUUAACAAGGCUCGUCAGGAAGCUCAAUCAUUACAAGAACAAAUCAAGAAGAGUAUGGAGGGUGGUAAUGAUGCUAAAUUAUCUCAAUUGGAUGCCGCUCCAAUCACUCCAACCAAACUCAAGGUCAGAAAUAUCCUCCGUGGUCACUUGGGUAAAGUCUACAGCUGUGCUUGGAGUCCAGUUCCAGACAGCAAACUCAUGGUCUCUGCCUCUCAAGAUGGUAAACUCAUUAUAUGGAAUGCCUUGACCACCUACAAACAACAUGCCAUUACACUUCGUACUAAUUGGGUCAUGACUUGUUCCUACUCAAAUUCUGGACAAUAUGUUGCUUCUGGUGGUUUGGACAAUAUUGUUUCCAUCUUUAACAUUAAUCAAUUGACUGAAGCAACAGAUAGUUCACAACCAACCACUCCUCAUCGUGAAUUGAGUCAACACACUGGUUACAUUAGUGCUUGUAAAUUCAUUUCAAAUGACAAGCAAAUUUUAUCCAGCUCUGGUGACAUGACUUGUAUUUGUUGGGAUGUUGAAAUGGGCGUCCAAUCAAGACCUUCCAAUCGCACACUGGUGACUAUCGGGGAAGUGUGUAGCUACUUUUGGUGGUCACGACUCGAUGUCAACUGUGUCCAAUUUUUCCCUAAUGGUUUGAGCUUUGCCACUGCUUCUGAUGACAAUACUUGUAGACUCUUUGAUAUUCGUGCUAGCAGAGAAUUGAAGGUAUAUUCUGAUGAUUCUGUCAGAGAAGGUGCUACAUCUAUUUCAUUCAGCAAGUCUGGACGUUUGAUGUAUGCUGCCUACGAUGAAAAGUCAAUUGUUGUUUGGGACACCUUGAAGGGUAAAAUUAUUCAAAACUUGACCAACGAACAAAAUGGACCAGACGGAAGAGUUGCUUGUCUUGCUGUUUCUCCAGAUGGCAAUGCAUUAUGUACUGCCUCUUGGGAUUACAAUUUGCAAAUCUGGGCCUAA